UUCACCCCCAAUUCACCAGCACCAUCAGCCAGCAGCCGCCCGGCUCCGCUCCCCCCUUGGAGGCAGCAGCAAUAACAACUAUAACAACCUCCCCCCGAAAAAAAAUAAAAUAAUAUCCUACCAGACGAGCUGUCUGGGAUGCGAGAACUGCAAAAACAAUCCCCACCCCACCACAGAGAGAGCUGAGCAAGGAGAAGGACGAUGUUUGACAACACGCAGUACCCCUAUAACUGCUUUAAUUAUGAUGGGGAUGAUUAUCCUACCUGUAGUUCUGAUGAAGAGAAAAAAUUCACCAGACCGGCAUACAGCUACAUUGCCUUAAUUGCAAUGGCCAUCCAGCAAAGCCCUUCAAAUAAAGUCACCCUCUCUGGCAUUUAUGACUUUAUAAUGAAGAAAUUUCCUUACUACAGAUCAAAUCAAAGAGCCUGGCAGAACUCCAUCCGACAUAACUUAUCGCUUAACAGUUGUUUUGUAAAGGUUCCCAGAACAGAAGGGAAUGAGAAGGGGAAAGGAAACUAUUGGAGCUUUGCAACGGGAUGUGAAUCCAUGCUGGAUCUCUUUGAAAAUGGGAAUUACAGGCGAAGACGGAGGAGAAGGAACAUGAAAAGGGAACACAAGGAGCAGAGACCAAGCAGAGGGAAAAGUCCUUCAUCCCCUGAUACUUCUGUGCACUCUGCUUUAAACAACAUUUCCUGUUCUGAAAGUAAACAUGAAAGAAUUGAAUUGGGUCCAAGACUGCUGGAGCCACAUGGGUUUGGUCCGAACAGGAUGACCAACAGGCAGAGCUUAAGCAAUUCCUCCUUAGCAAAAUCGGAUUCUGAAAUUAAAUUCAGCAUUGAUUACAUCCUUUCAGCCCCUGACCCUUUGCCUGUCCUGAGAUCGCAAUAUAAUAUGCAAGAAAAUAAGUAUCAUCUACUAGAGACCCAGCAAAUAAACCUCCAGUUCUGGACAGUGUGAUGUUAUUUAUUUGUGGUAACAAAGUCUGAGUUGCAGUACAUUCAGCAGCCUCAUGUCACUGAAUAUCAUCCACCUGCCUCCUCAUUUUCUUCCUGAGCAGUGUCCAGAAAGGGUUAUUGAUUCAGCAGCCGAUACUCUCUCUGUUCCCAAAGAACUUUGCUAAGAUUAAAGCAUAAAUAACAGUUACCAAUAUCAGUUUUCACUAUUCUGAAAUUCAUUAAAUCCUUGCUCUGUCCUCUAAACUGCCUUGGACAUAAUUUAACGUCACAAAGAAUUUCCUUUCUCAAGCAGAAUUCAACAGAAAGGAAGGUUGCUUGUCACCCUUUACUUUAUUAAAAACAAAGUUAAUUUGAUCUCACUUUUACUGAUGGAAAUUAGGAUUAAUUCCACUGAAGUAUAUAGGUCAGAACUUAAGGUGAUCUAAAACAGUGCAAUUCUGUCAAUUUACACUGGUUGAGAAUGUAAGGAGGGUGUUUUCUUAAAAGGAAUCACAGAAAAUCACUGUCUUCCCUUAUUUUUAUUUUAACAUCAUGUUUCAAACUGUUUUGCAGCUUUAAUUCAUCAUUUUAUAGAAAAAUCUAGUUAUUAAUAACUGUUUAAUGUGCAAUUUUGUUGAUAUUCGGGGCAGAGUUGUUUAAACUGUUGAAGUUGUAUUCAGAAUAAUACCAAGAAAGAUAAUCGCAAGGCUGUUGAACUCCAGCAGUCUCUGAUGGAUAAUUUGACAAAGGCGUAGGGUCUCUUAAUGCUUUGCUUUUAAAAAUAAACACUUCUCCCCUUGUACUAUCAGAAAGCUUCCUAAGAUGCUGCAGGAAAGUCCUUGAACGUAUUUCAUUUAUCAAAUGUGAAGGGAGACCAGGCUUUGCAAGGACUUGUAUCCGGUGCUGACCAAAGCUAGAAUUCCACCUACUUUCUUCGAGACAAGCUCUAUAUUCCUGUUAAGCAGAUUCUUGUAUUGAUCCUUCUUGCAAGCAAUUACCAAAGUGAUACUUGAUCUGAUUUCAGCAAAGCCGGUGAGAUUCAUAAUUUAAAGACAGCAAUGUAGAUCAUGAGCUCCGUUUCUAAAGAAAGCCAUUUCAUCACCAUUUACACGGGGCGAGAUAUUUCAGAACAGAACCUGGUGGACAAUGAUUAACUGUGACGAGCAUUUAGGAACUUGCUUUAAUACAGUCUGUUCACAAUGAAUUGCUUCCCAGUACCUAAUGGCAGCAUUAGUAAAGACUUCACAAUAUCUUGGUUUUGGCUUGGCAACUGCAGAUUUCACCAACUGCAGAUCAAAGGAAAAAGAAAGACAAAGAUUCUGGUGGCUUUAAGUAAUUCUAUACAGAGAGAUAAAAUUAUCUUUGCAACAUGAACUAAAGGUAAAUGAAGGUAUACGAGAUAAGAUAAAGCAAAAUUGUGCUAGAGGUAUACUCAGGCAUGACUUGAAUUUUUAUGCAGAAGCUUUGACAUUUCACUAAGUUAUUUUACAUUGUGUCUAAUAAAUACUGUACAUUUAUACUAUAUAUUCUUAUAUAUUGUUAUUGAGAAAGGGAACAAUAUUACUGCACUUAUAAGUUGUAAAAAUGCAUGAUAUAUGUUGUCAUGAUGCUGAAACUCCUGCCAUAUACUUAAAAUUUACCAUCAGUGGUAUCUCACACUGAUCGGUAAUAAAUGCUCAUUUUUUGGAAAACUAUAAAACUCGCUAUCUUCAGGCAUUCCCGCAGCAUGCAAAAGUCUUUGCUUCAUCUUCAGAAAAGCCAAAAUGGAAAAUUGUGUCAGUUACACCACUGCAUGUAUUCCAAACUUUGAUGAGACGAUAUCUGAUGACUAAAUUCUCUCUUCAAACCGGAACUUUCAAUUCUCUGUGAAUCAAUGGUUAUUGUGGGCGAUUAUCUGAAAACAAAAUUUGACGCCUUACAUCUAAUUGAUCUGCUGUUUACACUUAUGUCAGAAAUAAAAUCUCGGGGGUCACUGGAUAGAUGAAUUUUCAUUUGAAGAGGGACAAGAAUUUGCUCCUUUAUUAUUUAUGCUCAGUAGUAAAUAGGUGUGGAAAGAGCAUGUCCUCAUUUAGUACUUCAAUGUAAUGCAUGCACUCACAUGUCAGUAUGUGUGCACCUCCAGGACGCUACCUACAUUUAUGUAUUCAUGCCUUAUAUGCGGAUUUUAUUCUUGAUUGUUUGAAACAUGGCAACGCUGCUGUUGGACUGAUAGUUCCAGUCUACAUCUGCAGUAU